AUGAUAACAAUGGCGUCCGCACCUCCAGCCCUGGCAACACCUUCACGGUGCACAGCCGACUUUUCUCUUAUUCCAGUAAAGAACACCCCCCCCAAAAACGAUUUGAUCGAGUCACUAAGCAGCAUACCCAUCAAAGAUCGGCUCUCAUAUGCAUCGUUCUCUCAGCAGAUCGCAGAUAUCCAGCGUCUUAUUCAACAGUCAGGCCUCAAAUAUGUGAUGCAUGCCACGGGAACAACACUAGAAGGGACAUGGGAUGAAGUCUCCCAAUUGAUCGGAUUCGCACACACCCUCAUCCAUCAGGAAGGAAUAGCCAGAGUCCAGACCGACAUUCGCAUUCAAACUAGAACCGACAAGAUCCAGCCAAUAGAGGGGCAUAUUUCCUCGGUGGAAGCAAUCCUGUCUGCGUCAGCCUCUUGA